UAUGAUUAUAUUGGCCACAUCAAACUUGUGAAUGGGAAGGUCCCCGGUGACGGUCUUCUGCUUGAUGAGUCAGAGAUAGCAAAAUCUCGCCGAGUUGAGCUUCACGUUCAAACACAUGACGAUCAUGUGCUGAAGCUGUACCUCUGGGACAAGGUUGCGUUUGAGUUCUGUGAAAAGUUUAAAGCAUCUGGUGGCACUGCACGCGUUAUCUUGGUCACCACCUUAAACCCGAAAUGGUUUGGAGGCGUCCUAUCUAUAUCUUCUAUGGCGUCUUCACGGGUAUUUCUGGAUGGUGAUGUCGAAGAAACGCUGUUGUACCUCAGCUGGUUGGACUCGAACCUAGAUGUUGCCAGCAGAGUUAACGCAGAGGUGGUCACUAAGCCUGAGUUAGCGACACUGGGAGACCUCUUCUCUUAUAUGAAUCAGGCAUCCGCUAAGGUUGCUUGGUUUGAGUGCACAGCAACAAUUUAUGAUGUCGUGAACGGUUCUGGAUGGUAUUAUAUAGGCUGCGGUGUGUGCCAUACUAAGGCAACAAAAGGUCCUACAACGCUUAUGUGUAAGAAAUGUGGGAAGAGUGAGAUCGUCGGUGUGCCGCAGUAUCUAUCGAAGCUCUCUGUAUAUGACCAUAGCGAUCAAGCCGUUUUUGUUGUCCUUGGUGAUGCUGGUGAGGAAUUGACUGGAAAGAAAGCUGCUGAGUUGGUGGAGCGAUAUUACGAGGCCAAUGAUAGUGUGGGAGAGGAUCACAUAGUUCCAGUGCCUCAAGCCAUGAUUGAUACCAUCGGACAGACCCGGAAGUUCAUUGUGAAGGUAUCAACCCACAACCUGACUGCCAAGACCCAAACUUUAACUGUGACAAAAGUGCUCCCACUUGAAGCCCCAGAACCCGAAGGCAACGUAGGAGUGAACGUUGGUAAGGAAGGUGAUAGUGAGAGUGAGGAUCAUGCAGAUAAGUUGGUGAAAAGGGGUGCUGAUGGGAUUGAGUCGGAAGGUGUGAAGCGUGCCAAAUGUGGCUAAUGAAGUUGUCUUUACUGGAAUUGUUUUGUUUAAUGCUAAGCUUGGUUUUUUUUUCUGGAUUUGUGUUUGAAGUUUUAACAAACUUUGCUAUGAUCUCUUUUGCUAAUAAUAUCUAUUAUUAAUCUCUUUUCAUGUUUUAAAGUUUGGCUAAACAAAAAUGCCUAUCCAUAUAUCUAUAUAUGAGAAAUCAUUAUACUUGCUUGAAGGCUGAAUGAGUGUGUAGGCUAUAUAAAAAUUUGUUCAUAGUUGCCAAAGCAUAGAGAUGUGGUUAUGGUCGGUUGAUGGGUCAAGAUUUAUGAAUAUGAUUUGAAUUUGUCGCAAAUUAUAAAUGGUUUAUAAUUUAAAUGGUGUCAUAACUAUGAACCGUCUUUAGAUUUUUCGAACUGGAUUUGUAUUAUGUAAAUAAAAGUUCAAUAUUUUUGUUCUUAUUUUUGAAAAUAAAUUAAUGUAAACAAUGUCUUUUAUUGUUAAUCAAUGUAACUAAAUUUGCUCCGACAACCCAUUUGCUCAAGAAAUAUCGACUAACAGCUCAUCCUUAUAUCUUUCAGAUCAAUUGAAUGAUAGAUAUAUUCCCAAUUAAAGAAAAUAUACCAGAAAUACAUUCUACAGAAAUUUAGGGUUCAAACUUAUAGUGACCUGGUACGUUUAGCCGCUACAACAUUGUGGGCUACAACUUUGGUUUAGUUUAUUUUAAAUUUACACACUAAAAACAAUAAAUAAACGUAUAUAGUGAAUUAGAAAAAUAUUUAAUUAAUAAAUUAGAUAUAAAAUUCUCCAAUAGUUUUAUUACUGACUUUUUGGACAAAAAUCCUUUCGUUUUUUUUUUGAAAUAGUAUAGAAAAUACAAAGUCAAGUGAUACUUGAUAAAAAAAUAAUUUUAAGAUACUUAUGAAUAAAAUUAUGAAACAGACUCCUGAAGAAGAUAAUCGAAUUAAUAAUCACUGGUAAUAUGAACCAAAAUAAAUGUGAAAAUAAAUAAUAGAAACUGUUUUUUUCCCAAAAAAAGUUUAUAGAAUCUGUUAUCUUAUACAUUUCUACUUAUUAAUCAUAAUUUUUUUAAAAUUUAUAAACACUUAAAGUCUAGCAUUAAACAAAUGUUGAUGACAACUUUGAGGAUUUUCUAGCACAUUUUUAGUAUUGUUCUACAAUGAGCAGCAGUCAUCAAAACAUCAUUGUAAGUGGCAUCAACUUAUAUAGAUUCUAAAUACCAUAAAGAAUUUUCAAUACCGUAAUUUAGAACUCAAUUAAAUCAAAAGUGCAAGCAUUACAAACAAAAAAUAUAAAUAGGUGAAUAUCUACUAUGUUAGAAAAAUGAUGUGGCAUGUUUUCAGAAUUUGCUCAUGUUUAAUUCUGAUUAAUAAUUUGUGUUCAUGAUAACCCCAUAUAUAAGGUCAAACAUAUCAGGAUCAUAACCUUUUUUGGGAUCGUAACUUAGGUUUAACUUUUUUUUAUUCAUUUCACAUUUUCUUAUAUCUUUUCAUAUGUAUUUUUAGAUUGUAAAAAUGAUAAUUUUUCAGUUUUACUCAUUUAUAAUUCAAUAUUUGGUUUAUAUUUUAAUAACAAGGGAUGUAAUUGUGCAUUAUAUAUAUUAAAUACAUUGAUAUUUUUUUCUAACCCCGGGCGUAGCCCGGGCAAAAUCUCUAGUAUUUUAUAAUGUUUACUAGAAAUAGUCAGGACGCAACACAUUCACUCAUAUUUAACUUUUAGAUGUAAUCAGCCAAAAUGUGACAAAGAAUAACUAAUCAGCAAAACAAUAAUCUUAAGCCCGAUUCAAUUUCUACAGCCACAUGUAUGGACUAAAUCAGCGGUUCCUGAUCACGUGAAUAAGACCACAAAUGUGGUCACAUUGCUCGUCCUUUUUCUUUUGUAACCGAUGAACUCGUGAACACACGUCUCCACCAUAUCCAAAUCGUGCUCAAUACUUCCAUUUUCUUCCAUACAUUGGACACGUCGGCGGCAUUGGAUACUUACCUCUUGAGUCAUAAGUUCAAUUUUGUUGGGGCAUGUUAUGUUUAAUCCCUAAAGGUAAAAUGCAAUAAAUGUUGUGACAUGUUAUAAAUAGAGUUGGUUGCUAACUUGCUAGCUAUCGCCAUUAUUACCGACUUACUGUUCUUAUUGCCAAGUACCAAUUAUUACAAACGCCAGGCCAAACAUGGAAGUGAUUCAAGCGACGUAUAUAUAUAUAAUCCUCUUUGACGUUGUUAUAUAAA